AUGGGAAUACCUUGUUCAAAACAAUAACCCAACACUACAAAUUUAACUGUUCAUCAAUCUAAUGACUUUUAACUUCUAUUAGCUCAGCCUCCUCAUGUGUAACAAGAACUAGAGGAGGAGAUCUAAGAACCCAAAUAAACGAAAAUCGAUGUUGCCUAAAACUCGAUAGACUUAAAUAAGAAACGCUAUUCAAGUAAGGAUGUUUCGGUCAUUUCUAAAUACAUCGAGAACGAAUUAAAGAAUCAAUCAAUUAAAAUUGAAAGACUCACGAUUGAUAUGAGGGAUGCUUCUGCCAGUGGGAAAGGGGGAGGCUUUGCUUAACGUAAGGAGAUAUCAGUUGAAUAAUUUAACGAUGAGGAGAGUAACAUCUGUAAUACGGUGUACACAAAUCCAAAAUAUAAACGCCUUAAGAGCAUGAAUGAGCAUUCUAUGAUCUUAUUACAUUUGAAUGAAAAUAAAUAAUAUUCGGAAUUACUUUAUAGAGUGAUUAACGAUUAUCAUUUUAGAAUUGAACACGAAGCUGAGUUUAAUGAUAUUUUGAUGAGAUCUCAAGAUAGUUUUCUCUAAAAUCUUUUAAUUUCAGAGAAGUACAUCAAUGAAUACGGAAUCUUUCACAUAUUUCGAGAAACAAUCAAAUUCAGUAAACUUGAUUUGGUAUUACAGAACGAUUUCACCUUGAAUUCGACUUAACUUCAUUACAAUAAAUGUACCAUUAUAUCCUUUAUUCCCUUAGUGUUUGUUGAAAUCAGCUACUUUCCCCUGAUCCUUGCCACCUCCCAUAUCAACAUGUUCUGUUUAUAUUUUACUUAAGCGAAUGUUCAAUUUAAAAAUUUGACGAAUUCAAACUUCGAAUUGAUGAAUUUUUUAAAUUAAAUUAAGCAAUCACUCAAAAUUAAAGUUUCGAUUUUGUCUAUAUGCGAAUAGAACAAUUACAUCAUUCUAACCAUUGUGAUAAACCAAAAUUCGAUGAGAGACAACCAAAUCAUAUCCUACAUCAAUACUUCCCUGAAUCAGCAAUUUGGAUUUAUCAAGUGUUCAACAUAACCAUUGGUGAAGUACAUCGGUUGUGAACUAACCGACAUAGAUGCUUGGAACAAUAGAGAAUUCAAGGAGGACACCAAGACUGAUAGCCAAUUUUCCUCUUAGUUUGGUUGGAAAUUAUUUGGUCUGAACAUUAAAUAAGUGAACCUCAAGAACAUUGGAUACAUCUAUUACAAUUUGAAUCAGAAUUACUUUGAAGAUAUAAGGAUCUACUCAUUGAGUGAAGUCAACCGACACCAGGCUGAAUUUGAAAUGAUAGAGAUCAAGGUCUACUGCGAGAAGAAGUACUACAAGAUGCUGUUCUAAAUCACAUAUAAUGAUGAAGACGUUGUGAUUAAGAAGAAUUAAACAUAUCUGACUACGUUAAUAAAUUCGAGACUCACUGGAAUAAUGGUUUAUGAUGCUGAGAGGUAGAUGAAAUAUUGA